AUGGAUGUUAACCCAGCAGCUCACGACCUCCCCCCUAUGUUGUCAAACGACGACCACAACACCACCAAUCCCGAGCGAAUCUGGCACCUCGCGUACCCCGAGGCACGCAUAACCCCUGCCCGCAUCUCCCGCGAGGCCGUCCUGCAACUUGUCACAUCCGCCACCAAACCCAAGGAGUACGUACUCGUGGACCUCCGCCGAGACGAUUUCAAGGGUGGCGCAAUCGACGGCUACAUCAACCUGCCCGCGCAGAGCCUCUACCCAACGAUCCCAGCGCUCUACGCCUUGUUCCAGGCCGCGGGCGUGCGGCAGGUCAUCUGUUACUGCGGUUCGUCGUGCCACCGCGGGCCAAGGGCGGCCGGGUGGUUCGCCGACUAUGUUGCCGCGCAGGGGGCUCCCGCGACGGAGAGUCUGGUCAUGACUGGGGGCAUGCAAGGCUGGGCGGCUGGGGGACCAGAGUUUGUGCGGCGGAUGCACAGGGCGUUGUUUGUCAAUGUGAUGGAUCUUCACAGCAGUCACUGGGAAAGGAGGUCCCUCAGUGCCAUUGGAUUUUCCUUGGCCGAAAAUGUGUACCAUAGCCUGCACAACACGGUGGUGGGUAACCUUACCCUGGCCCUUGCGGGAAACAUCUCUGGUUACUGGGUCUCAGCUGCGACAAUCGAUACCCUUGGUCGUUGGCUCAUACAAAGUGGCAGUUUCGCCAUCUUGACGAUCUUGUUCUGCAUCUUCGGAUUUACCUAUCAUAGCCUGUCGUCUAGCUCGCUUAUCGCUCUCUAUGUGCUCUGUCCGUCCUUCUCGAAUUCUGGAGCCAACUCGACCACCUUCAUUGUUUUCGAAGAAAUUUUCCGUACACGCUCCCACUCGACUGUCCAUGGGCUUUCCGCUGGUGCAGGCAAACUUGGUGCAGUCAUCACUCAGGCAUUGGUUAGGCUUCUCAAGAACAAGGGUGCGACCGACAAAUCGCUCAAUCAUGUCAUGCAGAUUUUUGCUGCCUUCAUGGUUUGCCGCCUCGGCACCACUCUCCUGAUCCCAGAGACGAAGCGCCAGUACCUUGAGUACCUUAUUUAG